AUGAGUGCGAGCCGCUUUCCAAAAUUCCUCAAACCGGAUGACGAAUCGUUUGCAUCGGAACGCGACGCGGCACCAGCGGAUGAUCACGUAACGUCGUUCGUCUUCAACGCCCACCAGUCGCUUAAUCUUGCAGCGCAGCGCGAACGUCUACCGAUACGUCAGUACCGUGACCAGAUUCUGUACUGUCUCGAGCACUAUCAAACGCUCGUGUUGGUCGGUGAAACCGGAUCCGGCAAAAGCACACAAGUACCGCAGUAUCUGUACGAGUUUGGAUGGCACACGAAGGGAUUGAUCGGUAUUACCGAACCCCGCCGCAUAUCGGCCAUUACGCUCGCCGACCGUGUCGCCACGGAACGGGGUGAACUGUGCGGCGAGUCGGUAGGUGUGUCCAUCCGCUUCAUCUCAAAAUGUGAUCCCGAGCAGACGAAAAUCAAGUACAUGACUGAAGGUAUUCUGUUGCGUGAGAUGUUGGCCGAUCCGUUGCUGACGCAGUACGCCGUCAUCAUGGUAGACGAAGCGCACGAACGGAGCACGCUAACCGAUACCGCCCUGGGACUGCUCAAAAAGAUUGCCCGGAAGCGUUCCGGUCUGAAGAUCAUCAUUUCAUCGGCCACCGUAGAUGCGGAGUUGUUUCGAGAUUUCUUUAACCUCAAGCCGAAAGCGGGUAAAGAUACAGCCGUGAUACUUACGGUGGAGGGCCGUAUGUAUCCGCAGGACAUUUUCUACCUGCAGGAACCGUGUCCGGAUUAUGUGAAGGAAACGGUUAGCACGGUCAUGAAAAUUCAUCGUACCGAACCGAAGGGUGACGUGUUGGCGUUUCUUACCGGUCAGGAGGAGGUACUGCGUGCGGUAGACUUACUGAAGGAGCAUCUAGAGAUGGGUGGCAAGGAAGACAUGCAGAUACUGCCUAUGUACGGAACGCUGCCAAACGCAGAUCAGCUGAAGGUGUUCUUUACCGCACCGAAGGGUGUCCGGAAAAUUGUACUGGCCACGAAUAUCGCGGAAACGUCCGUUACUAUCCCGGGGAUUGUGUAUGUUAUCGACUGUGGAUACGUGAAGCUGAAAUGGUAUUCGGCAGAUAGCACCACGGACAGUUUGGUUGUGGUACCAGUAAGCAAAGCGGCCGCAGAACAGCGCGCUGGACGAGCCGGACGUAUCCGGAGCGGAAAGGUGUACCGCCUGUACACGGAGGACGCGUGGGAAAAACUACCAGACCAUACACCUCCCGAAAUGCGUCGGUCGGAUCUAUGCAGCACGGUGUUGUUCUUGAAAGCGCUCGGUAUAGACAAUAUUCUGCGCUUUACAUUUCCUUCAGCGCCACCUGCGAAGAAUUUGCUCGCAUGCCUGGAAACGCUGUAUGCUCUGGAAGCUCUCGAUACGGACGGAUCACUUACUUCCCCGGUAGGAUACUUUCUCGCGGAAAUGUCCAUACCACCGAUGAUGGCCAAGAUGCUGUAUAAGGCUGGUGAAAUGGGUUGCUCCGAGGAAGUUCUCAUCAUUAUCGCCUUGCUGCAGGUGCAAUCCGUGUUUUCGAAGCCGGCCGGUGGACAGGCUGCCAUAAGGGGACGCAUUGCCAAGCGCAACUUUGAGGUAGCUGAGGGUGAUUUGAUCACACUACUUAACGUGUACUGUGCCUUUGUGGAAGCAGGACGAACGAAAGAAUUUUGUGGUCGCAACUUUCUCAUCUACCGUAACCUUAAGCGGGCACACGAAAUUAAAACCCAGCUGGCGGGAAUGUUGGAACGGGAGCUAAACGUUCCGCUUCGAUCGUGCCAUGGCAAUGUGGAAACGAUUUGCCGGUGCAUCGUGGCAGGCUUUUUCCCGUACGCUGCCUACCUACACCAUUCGGGUGUCUACAGGACGGUACGUGGCAACACCGAACUAAGCAUUCAUCCGCUGUCCGCACUGUACACCGAACAGCAACCACAGUGGGUGGUAUUCUGCGAAUUGAUUCACACAACCAAGCUGUUCAUGAAGGAUAUCACCGUCAUCCAGCAGCAUUGGCUCACCGAAAUAGCGCCACACUACUAUCACAAAGUUACUGUGCGCGAUCAUAUCUAA